AUGUACGGCACCAGCUCAGAUGGUUCUUCUCUCGGCCCUCCGCGUCCGGCGGCGCCUCUGACACAGUCUUUUGCUGGCGCGCUCAAGGCCAAAGGGACACUCGUCGGUGCUGCCGUGUCGUUAGGAUCUGUUUCCUGCGCGCAGAUUGUGGCUCGUUCCGGGUUUGACUGGGCCUUCAUCGACAUGGAACAUGCGCCGACAUCAGCUCGCGAGGCGACCGACAUUACUCACGCUGUCGUCGCCGCGUCUGCGGGAGCUUGUGUGGCCAUUAUCCGCGCGCCAUCCCACGGGGUCGAAUGGAUCAAAUGGGCACUGGACAGUGGAGCAGCAGGUGUCAUUAUACCGAUGGUGCAAAGCCGAGAGGAAUGUGCCGGGAUCAUCCAGCGGGCGCUAUAUCCGCCACGUGGGCAACGCAGCUUUGGUCCUUUCCUUGCCCCGUUUGCCGACACGGACAGCAGUGCGGAUGUGGCCAAGUACAUGUCCCAAAGAUCCAAGGAGCUGGCCAUCAUCCCGAUGAUUGAGUCGGUGGCGGGCGUCGAGCGAGCAGAGGAGAUCCUGAGCGUGGAGGGGGUAACAGCAUGCUUCGUCGGACCUUUCGACCUUCGCCAGUCUCUGGGUCUCCCGGGCGGAGACGGCGAGGAGCCUGCAUUCAUCCAGGCAUUGGAGAAAAUAUUGAGCAUCGGCCGGAAGUAUGGGGUGGAAAUUGGCACCGUCGCCGGUACAGAACAAGCCGUGAGACGAAAGAAGGAGAUGGGGUUCAGCUUUCUUCUGGCAGGGUCAGACUCCUCAUUCCUUGCGGCUGGUAGUCGAAGCGUGUGGCAGCAAUGCAGCCAGGGGUUGAGAGAGGCAAGAUCGGACAAGUUAUGA